AGAUUUCGGCUUUGGAAUGUUUUUGAGAUAUUACCUGGGCGAGGACGGCAGACGUGUUUACACACUCAAGAAGACUGAUCCUAACGGUAAAGAAACGCUCUCUGCCCAUCCAGCACGUUUCUCACCCGAAGACAAUUUGAGAGCAUUUGUUGAGUGUAUUAGAUUGUUAAGAGAAAUUUGCGAAAUUUUGCAAUUCAUCCGUAACUCUGUCCCUCGGACAAAGCUUACUUAUCAACAGUGGACUAAUCGUCGGCUUAUCGUAACUUUUGUUAUGUUUUUCGUCGGAUGGAAGACAUUUGGUGUAAUGUUGAAUGAUUGGUUGUUUUGGACGGUAGAUGAAGAGACUGGAGAAGGGCAUAUGAUCACACCGGCUGAGGGCAGAAAGAAAAGAGAGGAGCUCGAACGUGAAGUUGAUCGUCAGAGACGUCACGUUAAAGCCUUGCCGAAGUUUGAUCUUGAUGAUUAGAUAUUGUCCCUGUUGUGGUCUACUUGCUUUAUUUUUUUACUUCAUGUCAUAAUAAAGAUGUUGAAAAU